CUAUUGUAUUUGAAUUAUCGCUUAAUCGUUAUCUCACUGAUGAAACUUUUCGGGAACUUUUUGGCGAGUUUUCUAAAAAAUAGACCACUUACUGAUCAUCUCUCGACGAAUAUAAUAUCAUUUACUGCGAAGGAACAGAGCGAUAAGAUUAGAGAAGGGAUUGACAUCAUUUACACGACGGAGACAUCGAUACUGGUUUAUAAAGCACGAAGAUUUUUGCCGUUAGGCUUUUAAUAAGCAAUCAUCGAUACGAGGGUCAUAACGGCAACUCUCUUCAUUUCCAGUUUAUCUUAAAGAAGACUGGAUCAUUGCAGAAGGGAGUACCGUUACUUUUUGCCAAAAUGGCUUCCAUGAGAGUGUUAAUACCGUUGGCAUUGCUCGUGGUGAUAACACUGGCCGAAUAUCCAUCAUCGAAUAAGACUAUAUUCUUGGAUAAUGAAAUUAUCCAAUAUGAGGAAAAUGGAGCAAGUCCUGAAGAAAACAAAACGUCUGGAAAUUUUGAGACUUUUAUUGAUGAAGAAGAUUCUAGUUAUGCAAAGGAGGAAACAGUUGUUUACAGAUUACCUUCUAUGAUUACACCACUUCAUUAUGACAUUCACUUGGAAAUAAACUUAACGAAAUUCCAAGAAAAUUAUUACAAAUAUAAAGGAACGGUUACGAUAAAUUUGGAAGUAACAACAGAUACGAAUAAAAUCAUGUUACAUUGUGAUAAAUCAUUCCUUGAGUUGGGUACGCCAACAUUAAAAAAUGAGACGAAAAUAUUUAAUGUUACAAUAUCUAAUAUAAACAAUAAUAAUAUUGUGACACUUAAUGUAGAAAAGAUAUUAACUUCAAAUAAUUAUACUUUAACAUUGCCAUACAUUGGAACAGUAAGUGAUAAGAAUAGAGGAUUUUAUAGGGGAUCUUACUUAGGUGAAGACGGCAAAACGAGAUGGUAUGUUGCGACACAUUUUGAAUCAAUCAGUGCACGAAGCGCAUUCCCAUGCUUCGAUGAACCAGCUCUAAAGGCAACCUUCAAGCUUUCGAUAACAUAUGACAAAGGAUACACAGCGAUCUCGAAUACAAUCGGAGAGACGAAAGAAGUUAAAAAUAAUCAACAAAUGACAAGUUUUAAAACAACUCCAAAAAUGUCCACGUAUCUUAUAGCAUACGCGAUAACAGCUGAUUUUAAAUCGUAUAAUAAAAGUAAUAUAAUGGUAUAUUCAAGACCAAAACCUACUGCAGAUAACAUGACCGAAUAUGCUGCAGAAAUUAGUGAAAAAGUGUUGACACAAUUGGAAAAAUAUACUGACAUCAAGUAUUCAUCUAUGAUGGAAAAGAUGGAACAAAUUGCUCUUCCUUUAUUGGCACCGGGUGCAAUGGAGAACUGGGGUCUCGUGACGUACAGAGAAACUGCCAUUCUCUACAACGAGAAUGUAAACGGAACUUUCGACAAGCAACGUGUGGCAAAUAUAAUCGCUCACGAGUUUACACAUCAGUGGUUUGGAAAUUUAGUCACCCCUGAAUGGUGGAAUUAUAUUUGGCUUAACGAAGGAUUUGCUACUUAUUUCGAAUACUUUAUCAUCGAUAAAAUCUAUCCUGACUGGCGUUACAUGGAUCAAUUUAACGUACUAUCUCUUCAAACUAAAGCAUUCCAUUAUGAUGGGGAUGGAGAAAAGACACGAUCUAUGAAUAGCUAUGAAAAGAGCGAAAAUGAAAUUAACGAUUUAUUCGAUGAUAUUGCUUACGACAAAGCUGCUGCUGUCAUCCGCAUGUUCUCUCAUGUCAUUGGAGAGGAUAAGUUUCAGAAUGGUCUACGAGAAUAUCUUAAGACAAACCAUUACAAUACAGUGAAUCCAAAGACUCUUUUCAAAUCUCUCAAUGAUGCCGCAGACAAGAAGAAUUUUAUAGAUAUUGACUUGGUGUCAUUUUUUGAACAUUGGGCCAACCAAUCAGGAUACCCGGUAAUUACAGUGACUAAGAAUAGAAAAGGAAAUGAGACAUCGAUCACUGUAGAACAAACCCCGUUUUAUUUGGUAAAACCUACAGAAGAAAAUUUAUCUAAAAAUAAGACCUGGUAUAUUCCUCUGAACUAUGUACAACAAACAGAACAUAAGAAUUUUAAUGAUACUUCCGUUAAAUCUUGGUUGAAACUUAAUGAGUCAUCGAUAUCAAUUAAAGAUAAUAUCCAAGAAAAUGGUUGGAUUAUCUUUAACGUGCAACAAACUGGAUAUUAUCGUGUCAAUUAUGAUAUGGAAACAUGGAGUGAUAUCAUUAAAUAUUUGGGCACGGAUGAUUUCAUGGAUAUUCAUUCUUUGAACCGUGCUCAAUUGAUCGACGACGCUUUUCAUUUGGCAUAUGCUGAUCUUUUGAACAUCUCUGUCAGUUUGGAUUUAAUCAAGAAUCUCGAAAAAGAAACCGAUUACAUCGUAUGGAAGUCAGCGUUCAAGAUUUUAUCGAAGUUGAACAAUAUACUGGACCGAACAGAAUAUUACAGUUACUUUUUGAAUUUUAUUCGUCCAAUUACUCAAAAAUUAUUUAUUAAUCUGAAGCUCUUUGAAAAUAAGAAUGAAACACAUCUGGAAAGUCUUCUUAAGAUAGAUGCCGCAAAAUGGGCUUGCGACAUUGGAUUAGAAUUUUUAGAAAACUAUUCUAUUCAACAAUUUAAUCUGUGGUUAAAUAAAGCUGAAAAUGCUGCUAUUCCUCGAGAUUUGAAAAAAGUAAUAUUCUGUGCAGCCUUAAGGAAAGCCAAUGAGACUGUUUGGAUAAAUACUUUGAACAAAUACAUACUAUCUAAAGACGUUGAAGAGAAGACACUAAUUCUUUCAUCCUUGGGUUGUUCUUCAUCACCGAACAUUUUGAAAAAUUUCCUUGAUAUAACUGUUCAGGAAGAUUCUAAUUUCAUAAAACAAUUGCCGGAAGUUUUUCGAACAAUAUACUCCAACAGUCCUGUUGGUCUUGAAAUUGUUCUUGAUUUCCUUUCCGAAAAUAUUGAUAAGUUGCAAAAAUAUGAUGGAAACUUCAACAACAAUAUAGUGAAUAUAUUUACCGAACUUGCAAACAGAAUUGCUAUUAAUAAGGAUAUGGGCACGCUAAAUGAAAUUAACUUUCAACUAGUUAAAAUUAUAGGACUGGAGGAUAAAUUGAACCAAGGUGUGGAAAUUGCAAAUAGAAACAAUCUAUUCUUCAAAAAGCAUGAUGAAAACAUUCAGAAAUGGUUAGGAUAUUUGACUGAAAAUCAAACUGUAACAACUUCUAAACCAAAUAGUGCUAAUUCUUUUAGCUUUAGCAUUGCCCUAAUGACUGUAUCUUUAUUACUCGUAAAACUACAUAGUACAUUGAAAGGUGAUUUUCCAGGAAUAUAUUCAAAUCGAUUUACUUUUAAAAAUAUGACAAAAGUUAAAGCAUUACUUGCUUUGAUUCUAUUAUUGGCCAGAAAUUCAAGGACACUUCCUCCCGAAGAUGAAAGUUCGGAGGAAGAUGGAAACAUGGAUGAGGAACUACCGGAAGCUUCAUAUCGUUUAAGUAACAACGUGAUACCUAUACACUAUGAUAUUAAAUUAAUACCGUAUUUGGAUGAGGAUAAUUUCACCUUUGACGGUGAGACAAACGUCCGUUUUAAUCUACAAAAGGUGACACAGACUUUGGAUUUCCACGCUAAAGAAUUAACAUUCGAUGAGACUGAUACGUAUGUAGAAGGCGAAGAUGGUCAGAAAUACAAGCCGAUUGUAUUCACGUACGUCAACGCAACAGAAAUCAUGAAGAUAAGUUUCGAAAAAUUUAUGCAAAAAGGUUUGUACACAUUCCACGUCAAGUUCACGGGUAUUCUCAACGAUGAAUUGUCAGGAUUUUACAGGAGCUCUUAUACGAAUGAUAAUGGCGAAAGAGUAUGGCUAGCAACAACACAAUUCCAAGCGACGUCCGCUCGACGAGCUUUUCCAUGUUGGGACGAACCCUCUUUGAAAGCGACGUUCAAUGUUUCCAUAAAACAUCAAACAAACUACACAGCCCUCUCGAAUAUGCCGAUUUACGAGCAAUCGAUGAUAGACGAAAAUGAUGGAAAAGUCUGGACACAUUUUCAAAAGACUCCCAUUAUGUCCACUUACAUCCUAGCUUUCGUGGUAUCAGAUUUUGUUAAAAUAUCGAAUACUGAUGGUACAAUUAAUGUUUGGUCGAGAAAAGACGCCAUUCCUUUGAUUAACUUCGGUUAUGAGGUCAUUCAAAAGGCUGUUGUCCUUCUCGAAGAAUACACGAAUAGUUCGGUGCGUGUACCAAAAAUGGAUCACGUCCUUAUUCCUAAUUUUCUUCACGGAGCCAUGGAGAACUGGGGUCUCGUAACUUACUUGGAAGAUAAUUUCCUAUACAAUCCGAAUAAAAAUUCUCUGAAGGAAAAAACUUGGACAGCGAUGGUCGUUAGUCACGAAUUAACGCAUCAAUGGUUCGGUAAUGUUGUUAGCCCUACUUGGUGGGAUCACGUUUGGUUAAACGAGGGCUUCGCAUCGUUUUUUCAAUAUUAUAUUACGGAUAAGAUAUUUCCACAUUGGAAAUUGAUGCAAUCAUUCGCGUCUAGUAUGCAACAACAUAGCUUUAGCAUCGAUGUACAUCCCAACGAUAAGCCCAUCGGUCGGAAUGUGAGUAAACCUAAGGAUAUCGAGGAUCUUUUCUCCAGUGUACAAUAUAUGAAGACGCCGUCUUUAUUGCGUAUGUUAUUGCACGUUGUCACUGACGAAGUGUUUCAUACCAGUCUCAUUAAAUAUCUUCAAAAAUAUCAGUACAGUAACGCUCUGCCCGACGACUUAUGGUAUCAAAUUCAAAAUGGUGUAGAUGAGACACCAGAAAUAUCACGCGGCAAAUUUCGCGUAAAAGAAAUGAUGGAUACUUGGAUAUAUCAAAGUAGUUAUCCUCUCGUAACAGUAGAUAGAAAUUAUAUCACUGGCGAGGUAAUGAUCACUCAAGAGAUUAUUAAACAUCACGUUAGUACCAACAAUGUGACUUCGACUGACAAAAAUGAUAUAAGUAAGCGCAAUAAAUGGUGGAUACCUAUAAAUUAUGCAACAAGAACGAAUACCAACUUUUCAUCUACGCUACCUGUUUACUGGUUGAAUCCAACGAACGAUAGCAUUACUAUCAAUGGUAUCGAUACUGAUGAUUGGAUAUUAUUAAACGUACAACAAACUGGACAUUAUCGCGUUAAUUACGACGACGCAAAUUGGAUAAAGUUGGCUAACUAUCUAAACUCACCUGACUACGAAAAGAUACACGUUAUUAAUCGAGCACAAAUCAUUCAAGAUUCUUAUAACAUGUUCAUUAUGAAGAAGAUAAAUUUAACGAUAUUCUUAGAGUUGUCUAAUUAUUUAUCACACGAAGUGGAUUAUAUCGUAUGGUGUCCUAUCUUCGAUAUAUUUAUUAGAUAUGUGGGAAGUUUGUUAGAAAUCACCGAAUGUAGCGAACUUAUUCAGCCGUAUAUUCUGAACUUAAUGAAUAAAGUUAUAGACAGUGUAGGUUUUGAUAUUAAUCCUGACGAUGAUUAUAUAACUCAAUUGACAAAAAUUGACAUUAGAAAAUGGGCUUGUCAUUUUGAUCAUAUCGGAUGCAUAAUAAAAGCCAAUGCCGAAUUGAUUGCACAUUUAGAGUCUUCUAAUGAAAGCGAUUAUCCGUUAUAUUUGAAAGAAUGGGUUUAUUGCUAUGGAAUGAAUAAUGCAAACGAAUCGACAUGGAAUAAGUUAUUAGAUAUAUACAUGAACGAUACUAUGUCGAUUGGACGUUCUUUGGCUUGCAUCAAAAAUAUGACUCUCAUUGAAAAGUAUUUGAAUAUGACUAUAGCGGAAAAUUCGUCUUUCACCUCGGAAAAUUUAUGCGAUAUUUUUAUAUCUGUAUUUUAUAAAGGAUCAUAUAUAACAGAUUUAAUGACUGAUUUUGUUAUAAAACAUUGGGACGUAUUGAAUUCUCGUUCAGAUUUACAAACUCUGUCUAAGUUUAUGAUACUAACAGCAACGAGCAAAAAUAAGUUACAAGAGGUAAAAUCGUUUUUGGAAAAAAAAGAAAGAAUACUUAAAGAAGAGAAUAUGACGAAAUUAAUAAAGAAAAGAGAACAAACUCUUACAACUUAUGAGCAAAUAUUAGAUGAGUUUCGUGCAUGGCGUAAAAGUAAAGAAAAUAUAAAUUAAAAUAAUCCAUAGUUCAAUAGAAAAUUAACAUAAAUUCUGCGUAAGUAUCAAAGAAUUAAAUGAUAGCCUUAUUGUAAAUUAUUUUAAUUUAAAAUGAACUUCGUAUCCUAUAUAUAAAUCUUUUCGAAUUA